CAGAGCAGAAAUGGGCGUGCUAUUCCUGGUGGUGUUAUUGUUUGUUGGAGCGAUUGCCCGUCCAGAAAAUGGCAGGCGUUCAGGUCAGCAAGGUCCUGGACCAAGGGGAGGAGUUUCUGGGCCAAUGGGUGGAGGUUCUGGACCAAGGGGAGGAGUUUCUGGGCCAAUGGGUGGAGGUUCUGGACCAAGGGGAGGAGUUUCUGGGCCAAUGGGUGGAGGUUCUGGACCAAGGGGAGGAGUUUCUGGGCCAAUGGGUGGAGGUUCUGGACCAAGGGGAGGAGGUUCUGGGCCUAAGGGAAGACAACCUUGGCCAAAGAAUGAAAGUUCUGAGCUAAUGGGAGGACAUCAUGGGCCAAAGAAUGAAAGUUCUGAGCUAAUGGGAGGACGUCAUGGGCCAAAGAAUGAAGGUUCUGGACGAUUGGAUGGAAGAGGGUCUCAGCCUCCAGUUGAGGAUUUUGGAUCUGUGAGGCCUUCAGAUUACAGAGGACCACAUGGCCGAGGACCACAUGGCCGAGGACCACAUGGCCGAGGACCACAUGGCGGAGGAAGACCAACUCAGUCCAUGCCCAACGUGCGGCUCAUCCCCAUUUUCAAGGUGGACAAUAUAACACUCCAGGGUCUCAAUAUCACUCUGCCCCUGAAAGAGGGAGAAAAUAUUUUCAUCUUACCAAGAACGGACAGGACUGCUCCUCGGGCGUUUGCGUAUGGAGGCAUGAUUGGUCCUCAGCCCUAUCUGAAGAUCAUCUACAACCCCAGUGCUGCGCAACGGUUCUCAUUUGAAUAUGGAGUUAUUCAACUCCUUCCAUCUUUCCUGAAGGCUGAAUCGGAGAGUAAUGAAGAUACAGCGGUGUAGGAGGAAAGACAAAUCUACAUCAGACAUGGCUUUAAGGGAAAACAGAUGUCCAGAGAUCAUCGAUCACUACAGCGUUAAGGACUUUUAAUGACUUUCGGGAUUAUGUAGGCGUGUGUGUGUAGAUGUUGUGUAAUUGUGUGUAGAGGUGUGUGUAGAUGUGUAGAUGUAAAUGUGUGUAGAUGUGUGUGUAGGUGUGUGUGUGCAGGUGUAGUGGGUUUCUUUAUUAAUGAAAUGUCUGUAAUGAUGGAUUUUUGUCAUUCAUUAAACACGUCAGCAUCCA